UUUUAUUCGUAUAAAAUAAUUAUUUUUUUUAGUGUGUUGGUAUUUUUUCAACAUGGAAAAGUUGAAAUCAUUGCAAAUGAUCAAGGUAACCGAACAACACCAUCCUAUGUUGCAUUCAAUGAUAGUGAACGUUUAAUCGGUGAUGCUGCUAAAAAUCAAGUAGAUAUGAAUCCAUAUAAUACAGGUUUUGAUGUUAAACGACUUAUUGGUCGUAAAUUUGACGAUGCAACAGUUCAAGCUGAUAUGAAAUACUGGCCAUUUAGAGUAAUUAACGAUGUUGGUAAAAUAAAGAUUCUAGCUGAAUAUAAAAAUGAAAUAAAAUUAUUCAGGCCUGAAGAAAUUUCAUCUAUGGUUUUAAUGAAAAUGAAAGAAAUUGCUGAAGCUUAUAUUGGCAGAAAAAUCUCCGAAGCUGUUAUCACUGUUCCAGCUUAUUUCAAUGAUUCACAACGUCAGGCAACAAAAGAUGCUGGUGUUAUUGCUGGGCUUAAUGUUUUACGAAUUAUUAAUGAACCAACAGCUGCUGCUAUUGCUUAUGUACUUAAAAUUGAAGAAGGUAUCUUUGAAGUAAAAUCAACAGCUGGUGAUACACAUUUAGGUGGUGAAGAUUUUGAUAAUCGUAUGGUUACACAUUUUGUUCAAGAAUUCAAACGUAAAAAUAACAAAGAUUUAUCACAAAAUAAACGUGGUCUUCGUCGUUUACGUACAGCUUGCGAACGUGCUAAACGUACAUUAUCAUCAUCAUCACAAGCUUCAAUUGAAAUUAAGUCACUUCAUGAAAGUAUCGAUUUCUAUUCAACAAUUACACGUGCCCGUUUUGAAGAACUUUGUGCUGAUCUUUUCCGUUCAACACUUGAACCAGUUGAAAAAGCUUUACGGGAUGCUAAAAUGGAUAAAGCAAGUAUUCAUGAAAUUGUACUUGUUGGUGGUUCAACACGUAUUCCAAAAGUACAAAAAUUACUUCAAGAUUUCUUUAAUGGAAAAGAAUUAAACAAAUCAAUCAAUCCAGAUGAAGCUGUAGCUUAUGGUGCAGCUGUUCAAGCAGCUAUUUUAACUGGUGAUAAAUCAGAAGAAGUUAAAGAUGUACUUUUACUUGAUGUUGCACCACUUUCAUUAGGUAUUGAAACAUCUGGUGGAGUCAUGCGUAUAUUCAUUAGACGUAAUACACGCAUUCCAGCAAAACGAAGUCAAAUAAUUACACCAGAUUGGGAUAUGCAAUCUAUUGUUGUUAUUAAGGUUUAUGAAGGUGAACGUGCAACGGUAAGAGAUAAUCAUUUACUUGGUAGUUUGACACUUCAUAAUAUUCUACCAACUUCACGUGGCAAACCACAAAUCGAAGUUACAUUUGAUAUUGAUGCUAAUAGUAUCUUAAGUGUUUCAGCUGUUGAUAAAUCAACUGGUCGAGAAAAUAAAAUUACCAUUACAAAUGAUAAAGGUCGAUUAUCAAAAGAUGAUAUCGAAAGAAUGGUUUCUGAUGCUGAAAAAUACAAGAAAGAAGAUGAUGUACAACGUGAACGUAUUUCAGCUAAAAUAUCACUUGAAUCAUAUUGCUAUAAUAUGGAAAUAAGCAUUAAUGACGACAGGAUUGCAUCAAAAGUUUCAGCUAAAGAUAGAGCUAAAAUCUAUGAUACACAUGACGAAAAGUUGAAAAAAACUUGUUCACCAAUCAUGACUAAACUUUAUGGAGGUGCUGGUGCUCCUCCAACUGGUAGGAAAGGAACAGGUGGUAAAGGACCAACAAUCGAAGAAGUUGAUUAA